UCAGAUUUCCUCUUCUGAUUGUUCCUCCUCUUCUCUUCUUACUUGCGCUAGAACGUGUCCGAACCACCGCCAGCCAACUAUGACUUCUCUCCUCCAUCCUCUCACCUCUUUCUCCCUUUCUCCAUCACCACCACCGCCCCUUUCUUCUUCUUCUUCUUCUACUAUUACUAUCACGUGUGCUCUUCCCAGUAACCUACGUUCUUCAGACCGACGUCGUCUUAGAACAACAUCAAAACCUUAUACGUGGACAUCGGGCCUGCCCAAGAGAAGCUUUGUCCUGAGGUCAACCCUUGAUGAGGUCUCUGUUCUUGACCCCCCUCCUCCCCCUGAAGACUCCACGGCCGAUCUUCUUUCGUCUCUCAAACUGAAACUACUGAGUGCUGUGUCUGGUCUAAAUAGAGGACUUGCUGCAAUCGAGGAUGAUCUUCAGAAGGCAGAUGCUGCUGCCAAAGAGCUUGAAGCUGCUGGAGGAACUGUUGACCUCUCAAUUGAUCUUGAUAAACUUCAGGGAAGAUGGAAAUUGAUAUAUAGCAGUGCGUUCUCAUCCCGUACUCUAGGUGGGAGCCGCCCUGGACCUCCCACUGGAAGGCUACUCCCUAUAACUCUGGGGCAGGUAUUUCAAAGGAUUGACAUUGUAAGCAAAGAUUUCGACAAUAUAGUAGAUCUCCAGUUAGGUGCCCCAUGGCCCCUUCCGCCAAUUGAACUCACUGCCACAUUAGCCCACAAGUUUGAACUCAUAGGAACUUCCAGCAUUAAAAUAACAUUCGAGAAAACAACUGUGAAGACAACAGGAAACCUGUCGCAGCUGCCACCAUUGGAGGUACCUCGGAUCCCGGAUGCAUUGAGGCCACCAUCAAAUACAGGAAGUGGCGAAUUUGAGGUUACAUACCUUGAUGCUGAUACCCGCAUCACCAGAGGAGACAGGGCUGAGCUUAGAGUUUUUGUCAUUGCAUAAGCUCUAAGCACUCGUCACCAUGACUCACAAUUGAAGAAAAUACAAUAUCCAAUCCCCUUUUCUUCUUGUCAUUUUGUAAACAGUCCCCUGUUUCUUCCUGUUUGUAGGGAACAUGUCUUGUUACGUAUAACUGUAAAUUCAUUUUUUCUACAUUUGAUCUUUACAGGUAGUUGAGUGGGUUCCA